GUCCAUCGUUAACUUAUCCCGCGAGAUGCCUGCUAAUGAGCUUUUCGGAGAUUCUGAUCCGGAAGGGGAUGAAAUUUUUGAAAGAGUUCGAAAGGUGCAACCAAAGUCGAUCAAUGUAACUGAGAAUCAAAAGGUAGACCCUAUGCGUAAAGUCAAAAUCGAGCUUCAAGCUGUUUUGGUUGCGGAAAAAAUACCAAUUAGUACAGAAGAAAUCAGACGGCGUCUGCUGGAUUCUUAUGGUGCAUGUCCUGAUCCGAAAAGAUAUAACUGUUCGACUUUGGACGAUCUUCUUCAAGCAUGCUCGGAGUCAAUUGUACACACUUUCGGCCGUGAUGGAAUACACCGAUAUGGGCCAAGAACUACUGAAGCCAACCAAGAUAUUAUCGAAAUGGUCCAGCAGCAGUCGAGCUCAAAACGCCCGGCCCGCUCGUUUUUAGGUUCAGGAGCUACUAAUAACCUCAGCACUCAUGGGUCAUCAUUCCGGGCAUUCAGAGGUCCGUAUGCGUCAGAGGAAAUCGCUAAAUCGAGAGGAACACCUGAGCAAUUCAAAGCAAGACACAAGUUGGGUCCAGCAAAAACAAUUUCUCGCGUAAAAAACCUUGCAGAGGUUUUGAAAGAAUAUGCUGAUGAGAUAGGAGUUUCACAUCCUGAUGAGCCAAAUCGCAAGAUUGUAACACUGGCAGCUCUUGCCAAUAAGUUCAAACAGUUGUAUUGUUUACCAGCAUGGGGAAAGAACAUAUCGGAAAGUGAACUAUACAUUCAGCUCAAUGUUCCUCCUUUCAACGAAUAUCUGCAUUUCUGGCGUCUUAGCGAAAAAGGUGACAUCUUCGUUGAUUGUAUUGAUCGUGACAAUGCCGAUCCAACUCAAAAAAGUGAACAAAAUCCGUCAGCAGAUGUUUCUAUUCAAUCUGAAUCUUUUGGCGGUUCAGCUUCAGCGUUUGAACAAUCUGUAGUAUCCGCUCCUUCAACUAUUAGAGAUCAAACAUCCGAUUCCUUUGACGGGUUCAACAGUUUCGAAGUGCCCCCAGAAAAUGGAAGCAAAGAUUCAAAAAUUUUCAACUCGAAUCAAGAAAGCAUCGAUGACUAUCCAGGAAAUGCUAUAUCUCGAGAUCGAACCGCUGAUAUGACCGACAUUGCAUUGCGCUUUGGAACUGUCUCUGUGGCAAGCCAACAAUGUCCGGUAUCUUCGUCACUCGUUCCACAAAAUGGAAUUCUUCGUCAGUCGCGUGCUCAAGAAGACGACAACAACACAUCUAUUCUAACUAUUCAAUCAUCUCGUCGCAAUCAUUCAGUGCUUCGUCAUCGUACGAUCAAGCCUCGCAAUCCAACACAAAAUCUUGCUGAAGUCGUAAAAACUCAUGGUAGCAUUCCUUAUGAAGCGCUUUCGGAUUGUGAUAAGAUUAUCGUCGACUUAGGAAAGAACAUUUUCAAAGUUUAUGCAACUCAACCUGGAGAAAUGAUGGUCCGCCUUUGUGAUCCCCACGUUGACACGACUACAUUGCCACUCCUAGAGAACAAUCUUCGGGAUCCUGUCGAGUCUGAUUUACGUUGGAUGACACUGGGAAAUUCCCAUAUCAAGAAACAAUCUGUUAAAGUGGUCAAGCCUGCAAUGUUUAUUGCGCCACGCGGAUUUUUGUUGAUUUUAAAAGAUGAAGAACGUGAAGAAAUGGACGUUGAAAAGGUUGCUACUAUGGGGAAUAUAUUGCGGGCCGUGAUGGUAGCGCCUAUUGUGGAGCUCCAGCGUGAAACCGUCCGCACGGGAUCAGCUGCAGUCUACGUUUAUCGACAAGGAGCGGAGGUGCGCUAUUAUAGAGUGUUGAUAGUUGGACAAGCUAAACAAGAUGGUGAAGUGUUGGUUUUGUUGGCUGAUGUCGAUGAUCAAUAUUUCGUGGAUGUACAUCUAUCUCAUUUGUUCCCGAUUCCGGAAGAAGCCAGCUUCAAACACUUUCCCUCGAAUGUUGUAUUCGCAACAUUGCAUGGAGUACUGGGUUUGACGCUUUCUGAGCAGGAUGUGAUGUUCGAAAACAUUGAUAAUGAUGAUACAAAACGAUUUGUGGGUGGAUAUUUUCAUGGAAACGAUGACAGAAUUCUUAACAUCGAUAUGGUUUGGAAAAAUGAGCGUGGUCAAUUUGAGUGGCUUUCACAAAUUGUCAAGAGACGUGGAGCAGUUACUUCGUCCGAUGCCAACAUCAUUCACUUUCCACAUUCUGCACUCGAUGUGAUAAAGUCUGUUGGACCAGAUUGUUCGGUGUGCUUUGUCGACUAUUCAGUUCGUGAUGAAUCUGCAACAUCUUCAUUGAUGGAAUCGACUAGAAUUGUUCAUGAUAGUCGUGAAUCUAUGACAACUACUUAUGUUGGUGAGAUGCCAAGCCCAAUUAUCGAAGAAAUCGAUGCAACAUCUUCAUUUGACCCAAAACUCUUGAAUCUCCAUUCAUUGUUCGAUAAGUUAAUCGAGGAACAGAAUGUUACUAUGAUUGUGGGGAUGUUCCAAUUCGUUCGAAGUUUGAAGGAUUUAUUCGGCGAUAACAAUGAAUGGGAACGCUUGCUCACGUACAUGCUCACGACUGGUAAAAACAAUAACAUUCGUCUCUGAAACAUUUCUAAUCCACGUGUCAGAUUUUCACAUCUGUGCCAUUAAAACUGCACGUUAGCAACAUAUUCCAUAAUCUUAUUUGUGCCCCUUUCCCUAUAGAAUUUUCAGAAACUCGUUUUUGUUUCUUCUUUUAACAAUAAUUUUUCAUUGUUUUAUAGCUGUUUUCACAUGGUUUCCGAUUUAUGUGCAUUUAGAGUACACUUGUGAUUUAAACUCGCAAAUGUUAACUCUACCCAAUAUGUUUCUUUUUUAUAUCUAAUUCGUACUGAAAAUGAAGUUUUUAUGCGCAC